UCUCUCUCUCUCUCUCUCUCUCUCUCUCUGUAUUUGAUAUUCUUUUGCUUUUUGUGGAAGGCCUAUUCGAAUAAUUAUUGCCUUUUCUUAUCGCUAAUUGUAUUUAUUUCUGAUAAACUGGGCAAACUUGUUUUUUCAUCGUGUAUAAUCUUUCAGCUGCCAAAAAUUGUACGAAUUUAUAGGAUCUAGAAAAUCAGCUGAAUUGUUUAUGUAAAUAUAAACGUUUUCCAUAAGUAUUUAUGAAUGCGUUGGUUCGAAAUGCAUAAUAAUUGCAUUUUUUUUUCCCCCUUCGAAGCUCAAUUGCAGAUGUAAUUUUUGGUAGCUUUUGUUUUCUUACAAAAAUAUAUAAUAUAUAAAUUGUUUUCUUAAUUGUUGGUUUUUGGAAGUGUUGGCAAAUUCUUCUUUUUUCAGCAUGUUAUAUUUCCUUCUUUGUUGUGUUCAGUUAUCUGGAAUUUUCCUUGUACUCUGUUCAGUUGUAUUGUAGGUGAGUCAAUUUAUAGUUUAAGCUUCAUUGAUAAGCUCUGUUCUGGGCUGUGCGGGUUUCUUGUUUGCUUUUCUACAGCAGUGUAAAAAUGCCUCGACAUGAUGAUCGUUAUGGUGGCACACGGCUUUACGUUGGUCGAUUGUCUUCUAGGACAAGGUCACGUGAUCUUGAGGACAUAUUUAGCAGAUAUGGAAGAGUACGUGAUGUGGAUAUGAAGCGCGAUUUUGCCUUUGUAGAAUUUAGCGAUCCACGAGAUGCUGAUGAUGCAAGAUAUGGUUUAAACGGUCGGGAUUUUGAUGGAAGCCGCAUCAUUGUGGAAUUUGCCAGGGGGGGGCCACGUGGACCUGGUGGGUCUCGUGAAUAUCUUGGGAGAGGUCCUCCUCCUGGGUCAGGGCGCUGUUUCAAUUGUGGAAUUGAUGGCCACUGGGCACGAGAUUGUAAGGCAGGGGACUGGAAGAACAAGUGUUAUCGCUGUGGGGAGCGGGGCCACAUAGAAAGGAAUUGUCAGAACAGCCCAAAGAAACUCAAGUUAGCCAUGCGGGGGCGUAGUCACUCACGUUCACCAUCCCCACGUCGUGGGAGAAGUAGAAGCCGUAGUUACAGCAGGGGACGCAGUUAUAGUCGAUCCAGAUCACCAGUUAAGGAUAGAAGUGUUGAAAGACGAUCAAGGAGCCCACGCGACAGCCGGAGCCCUAAGCAGCGGAGGAAUUCGCCACCAGCAUCCAAAGGGAGGAAGCAUAAUGGAACAUCUGAUGAGAGGAGCCCACGAGAGAGGGGUAGCCCAUUACCACGGGACCGCAGAUCUGAUUAUAGUGCUAGUCCCAGAGGAAAGAGCCGUAGCCCAAAUAAUGAUGUUGAAGGAGAUAAUGGGGAUCGGAGGUACAGAAGAAGCCCUGCAGAAGAAAAUGGGCACAGUCGUAGCCCUAGCCCUGUCCGCAGGGAGGAUAGAAGCCCUAUUGAUGAUGAGGAUGAUAAUCAUGGUUCUCCGAGAGGAGGCAGUGAAUCAGCUUAAAAAGCUGUAAUGUUACUUGAUUUAUUCACACAGAAACCUUAAUAGUGCGUUGCAAGAAUUUUUUUCGUUUUUUUAAGUUGGUGUGGAUACUUGUUAAUUUUGGACAUUGUUUUUUAGAUUUUCCAAUGACUCCAUGACAGUGCUAGCCGAAUUCCAACUUAUAUCCUUCCGUGUGUGUA